CAUUCCAGUCACUGCACUUACCUGCUUCAUUCACGCUCACUUGUCUUCCACAUUUCCAGCUAUGUUGUUUGUUCCUUCCGACUGAGUCUCAGACGGUGGCACAGUCAACAUACAGCCAUCAGUAUUGAGAGGUGUCUGUCUAUUGUUUACCCCAUCUGGUACCGCUGCCACCGGUCACAGCACCAAUCAGCAAUUGUGUGUGCAAUUCUAUGGACUCUGUCUUUUCUGAUGACAAUAGCCGAAUACUUAACAUGCAAAGAUGAUUCAACAAAAGAACAAUUUGAUGAUGCCAACCAUUGCCAAGCAAUGCUCAUCUUCAUAUGGAUCCUGACUUUCCUGAUCUUCAUUCCUCUGAUGAUUCUGUCCAGCCUGAUCUUGGUCAUCAGGAUUCAUCGUAACUCCCUGAGACCUCAUUCAUCGAAGCUCUACAUCAUCAUUGUGGCCACCGUCGUCGUCUUCCUCAUCUUUGCCAUGCCCAUGAGGCUGUUAUACCUUCUGAACUAUCACCAUUGGUCAUCUUUGCUCAGCCAGCAGAACCACGUCACCAUUGUUCUCUCCACCGUCAACAGCAGCAUCAACCCUCUUGUUUACUUCUUUGUAGGAAGCAGCAAGAAUAAGAGGUUCAAGGAGAGUCUCAAAGUGGUUCUUAGCAGAGCACUUGCUGAUGGAUUGCGGCCGAGAAGCCAAGAAGUUGGCAUGAGCUUGGAUAUAGCAGAAACAAUUUUCUAAGGCUUAGAGGGGAAAAUUCAGGGGCAAAUAUUGGACUUGUAAGAUUUAAUAAACUAUUGCAAAAUGAAAGGUAUUUGUCUUCCAUUGAAUGUAAAAAACAGUAGAAAAAUGGUACUGUUAUCUUUGGUGGUUGAGUAAUGGAAAAACAAAGACUAGAAUAAAGAUAACUUUUAUUUGUAUUUUCUUAAUUAUUCAAACACAUGCUACAUCCUGAUGUGAUUAUGUCAGUCAAGGAUACCACAGUGGAAAAGAGACAGGCCAACAGAGAAUA